AUGAAAGUCCAGACGGCGAAUCUUAUCCUGAGCUUCUGUGGCUCCAUCAUGGCUUUGCCCCUCCAUGAUGGGUUUGAAGAACGAGGGUCGGCGGCGGCAUCAUCGGGCAAUGCUGUCCAGUGGUCCAGUCCUUCUGCAGUGUCGUCUGCCUCUGUGCAUGUUCCAUCAAGCAGUUCUGCGCUGAAAUUGCCCAGCCCCGCUCCUAGCUCUGCGGCAAAGGAGUUCGGCACACCCAACUAUCAUGGUCCAGCAAUGGUUCAGGGAGCUGCUGUGAAUGGCUUCCCACCAACAACAACCGCCGCAGAGGACACUGCGAGCCCUUCAAGCACAUCCGCAAGCGCUUCGACCACCAAACCGGCUACUGCUCCUACUACCGCAGCGUCAGGAGAGUAUCCUGGGGUUGGGGGUCAAUCUGGAUACCAAGCUCCGUCAACGAGCUCCGCCUCUGGCGGUUUCAGCGGCCCGUCUACCCAAACCCAGCCUGCUCCUUACGGACAAUCCGCUUCUGGAAGUCAGAGCACGGGCUUUACAACUCCCCCAAGGGCUCCUUUCGAAAGCCAACCGACUCCUCCAGCUGCGGCCGCAGGCACUGGCGCUAACAGCGGUGCGUAUCCGGUGAGCCAGCCUACGUCUUACGGUCAAUCGUCUCCGUAUGGUGCAUCUGCCCCGGCCGAGCAAGCCUCCCCCUUUGGGCAGUCGACUCCCUUCGGACAAGCGGCAUCUAAUGAUCAAUCGACUCCCUUCGGACAAACUGCGCCUUACGGCCAAUCAGCUCAACAAUACGGUCAGUCCAGUCCGCAAGCACCGAAUACUGGAUCUACAUCAAGCAGCGGGACUCGUCCGGGUAGCCAAGCGAAUUCCCAAGGGUCCACCACCAACAAUGGGGCAUCCAGCGGGGCGCGUCCCCAGGGACAAUCAGCUGCUCAGGGUACAACGACAAACAAAGGAGCAUCCAGCGGUUCACGCGCCCAAGGCAACUCGGCCCCAGUGGUCCCAUCUACGAACACUGGAUUGAAUAGGGUACAUCCCCGGGGACCACCCAGCUCACAGGACGCCAGCUCGAAUGCCGGCCAAUCUAGUGAUGGUCGUCCUCAGGGUCAGUCCCAAUCUGCGAACACUGGGCCGGCCAACGCGCGCCCUCAAGACCAGGCCGCUCAUGCCGGCUCUACGGCCAGUAACGAGAGGCCCAGCGGUGAGCGGCCGAUGUCCCAGAAUCCCAACACGGUGGAUUCGAGCGCAGUGUUCCACCAAGGUCAAGCUUCGGACCCUGGUGCGGCGAGUGCCUCGCUGGCCGCAUCGUACGGUCUUGACCUUGCUGGACAAUUGCUUCCCCCCGGUUACAACCCUGUUGCAGGAGCAUCGACUGCCAAGGACGACGACGACGACUAUGAGGCGACGCCUGCAGGCUUCGCUGGAGUCAAACCUCCUAAAACCAGUGGAUCUUUCGCUCCCCAAGAUCAGUCCGUGGCUUCUAGCUAUGUGAGCUCGAUUCCCAAGGGGCAGGCUGCAGCGACCGGGUACCUUGGAACCGUUCCGCAAAGUCAACCCACCGGCGCGGCAUCCGGUAGCUCUACGCCUCAAGGUCAGUCUUCCAGUUACGGAAGCACAACUCCUCAGGGUCAGUCUUCGGGAUACGGCAGCACCACUCCUCAAGGUCAAUCUUCGGCACCCGGAAACACUAUCCCUCAGGGCCAGUCUACAGGAUCAGGAUACGGCAGCACUGCUCCUCAGGGUCAGUCUUCAGGGUCUGGAAGCACUACUCCCGCGGGGCAAUCUUCUGGCUACGAUAGCACGACUCCUCAGGGCCAGUCCUCGGGCUCGACUCCCGAGGGCCCGACUUCUGGAACCGGCGCCUCCAACCCUCAAGGCCAAUCGAGCAACAACGGAUACUCCAGCGGCGUGAGCGUCAACGGCGACCCCGUUUAUAACGAGCCUAUGGCCGGUCCCGCGUCUGAGGGUCAGAGCACCGGGGGUGCGGACAAGCCCGCCCAAGGACAGUCGAAGGCCUCCUCAUCCCCCUCUGACCAUGCCGCGAGUUCCGGUCAGCAUUCUCAAGCUGCUGCACCGGUAUCUGGCGCUGGAAAAUCCCAGUCUGGGCAGGGACAGGCUCAGGCUCAGGGACAGGCUCAGGGACAGGGACAGGCUCAGGCUCAGGGACACGCACAAGGACAAGGACAGGGUCAGAGCCAAGCACAAAAAGGACAAGGCCAAGGGCAGACACCGACACAGGGACAGGGCCAGGGCCAGGGACACGCACAAGCCCAAGGACAAGGACAAGGACAAGGACAAGGACAAGGACACUGA